AUGGAUAGCGAAAUAUGUAAGAAUUUCAUUUAUGUAACGACAAAAUUUCCAGAUAAAUUGGACACUGACGGAAAGUAUUAUUUUAAUGAUGAUGGACAUUUCAAACAGUAUUGUAGUAAUCAAAAUUGUGUUAAUGAGCUCGAAAAAAUUAGUGCUGGGUGUUUAUAUUUGUUUGAUACAUUCUUUAAGGAUUCUUCUGUGUUUGAGUCUGUUGCAAAAAGUAACAUCAAUAUUGUUGAUUAUAUUAUCAUAUGGUUAAGUUAUAUGUUAAACCUAAAACCACCAGGAACUAAGAGCCAUUUAGAACAUUUUUAUGAAACAAAUAUAAAUAAUGAUAAGUAUACAAAGCCUAUAGACAAUGUUGAAGGUUGUAGUAAUUAUAAAGCACUUAUAGAUAAAACAAAUCUGAUGAAUAUGGAUAUUAAAUAUAUAUCUAAAUUUUAUGAAAUAUUUAAAUUAUUAUGUGAAAUGUAUACUGAAUUUGAUGAAAGCAAGAAAAAUUGCGCAGAAUGUUCGAAAAAAGCUAGUCAAUUUGCUAGCAAAUUUAAAGAACUUAGUGAAAAUUCUGAUAUUACUAGUAAUAGCCCCUAUAAUAAAGUAUUGUGUAUUUUAUCAAAUGAUUAUAAUAAGUUAAAAAAGAAAUGUAACGAUAGUUCAUUGUUUCCAACGAUAGAUAAAACAAAAAUUACUAUAAAAUGUCCUGAACAAUUUUCUGAAGUUACAUCAAGUUCGUCGACAGCAAACAAAUUAUUUAUAGUUUUAUCGAUAUUUGGUGCAAUAGCAAUUUUUUUGGGAAUUUCUUAUAAGUAUUCGUUAUUUGGAUUUCGGAAACGAUUUCAAAAACAAAAAUUAAGAGAAAAAAUAAAAAAUAUAAAGAAGAGAAUGAAUCAUUAA